AUGGCUGAAAAGCCCAACAUGCUCACCUCCGCGUGGCGCGACUUCUGGCACACCAUGACCUCUAACGACCGCCACGCUUCCCACGAUUCUCCCUACCGCACCGGCCAGCAUGUCCCGCUUCCGCAGAGCCGCCAUACGCCGCUCACCUCCGUCGCAACCAGCGCAAUGGAGUCUCGCACCGACUUCAACUCCCCCUACGCCCAGGACGAGCCCUCCGCCAACGGCUUCGUCAACUCGCCCCGCGCUCCCAUGUCCCCUUCCUCGCCGUACUCGCCCGGCAUGCGUUCCAGCAUGGCUCGCCCGCCCGACGAGAACCCCUCGAUAGACGGUGUCAACUCGGGCGAGAUCCAGAUGCAGAGCUUCAGCGACGGCCUUCCGCCGCCCCCGCCGGUCGGCCACUCGUGGAAGCGUAUUGAUCGGUGGCUUGAGGAUCGAUUCGUGGAGCUUUGGGACAAUAUGUGCGAGGGUGCCACUCACAACGACGUCAACGAGCUGGAGCACGUCCUGGACGUUACCCUUCCCGUCGAGGUGCGCGAGUCACUGCAAAUCCACGACGGCCAGGAGCGUGGUGGUCUGCCGACGGGCUUGUUCUUCGGCUGCAUGAUUCUGGACUGCGAGGAGAUAGUCAUGGAAUACGGCAACUGGCGCAAGGUCAACGAAGACGUCCUCGCUGUCCAGCCCGCGUACCAGCCUCCGCAGGUGCCGAUCAAGGCUGUCGCCGGCCCUUCAUCCUCGCCGGCCCCGGCUGAUAAGUCCAAGGGCACGAAUCCCAUGUGGAGGCAAGAUCUGCUUUCGCGUCAGGACUCGCAGCCGCCGAACGCGAUCCAAAAGGCCUAUUCUCACCCUGCCUGGAUCCCUCUUGCCCGCGACUGGGGUGGAAACUGUCUGGCUGUCGAUCUUGCGCCUGGCCCCGCCGGAAAGUGGGGACAGGUCAUCAUCUUCGGUCGAGACUACGACACCAAGUACGUCGUCGCUCGUUCCUGGGCCGCCUUCCUCGCCCAGUUCGCGGAUGACCUGGUCUCCGAUAAGACAUCCAUCGACGAGGAAACCAUGGAGAUGAAGCUCAAGAUUUUCGAGAAGCAAAACGUUGACCCUCCGUACCUUGAAAUCCUCCGCUGGCGUUGCGACCAGAAGUAUGGCCGCAAGCCUAAGAGAAGGCCUCAGAGCACGCUCUCCAUCAACCCCAACGCCCCACCCGCCUCCAACGGAACCAGCCCGUAUGGUAGCCCUGCCUCUACUGGCGAAGACAGGGGCCGCUCCCCUCACAGGCUCAGCAGGAACGGUACUAGCCCGCGUGUGCCUAUCUCCAGUCCUUUAGCCCGCGUGGCUGAGGAGGCUCCCCAGCCGGUCAAGGUACAAACGGAGGAGGAGAAGCUCAUCGAGAUGAACACUCCUCGACCCAGUUCCGACCUCAACUCCAACAACGCGACUCAGAAGAACAGCAUGGAGAGCGACAAGGACAGCGGCAGCGAAAAGGGCAAGGGCAAGAGCGUGGUUUCGUCGGAAGAGAUGAAGACUGUCGAGAUAUAA